AUGUUAACUUUCCUCCAUUUGCUCUUCUACUAUUCCACCCUUUCUUUGUCCUGCAUUUGGCUUCUUUUCAUUUCAAGUCUUUACUACUAUUCCUCUCGUCCCAACCCCGUCUUCCUCCUCGACUUCUCCUGCUUCAAACCAGAUUCUAACCAAAAGUGCAACUUGCAAUCCUCCCAAUCCUUCGUGCGCCGCACAAAUCGCUUCACCAAUGAAAGCGAAGAAUUCAUGCGUAAAAUCUUCCUCAAAUCCGGUCUGGGAGAAGAAACCUAUGCUCCAAAGUUCGUUUUCCAAUCCAACCCCGAAGCCAAGUUAGAGUCCGUCAUGGAUGAAGCUCAGCAAGGCAUGUUCUCAGCCGUGAGCUCACUCCUUUCCAAAACGGGCAUCCAGCCAUCUCUCAUCAACUCCUUGAUCGUGACAAGUGGCAGCUUCUCUCCGGUACCCUCUCUCUCCUCGCUGAUCGUCAACCGUUUUAAGCUCAAACCCGACGUAAAAACCUACAAUCUAAGUGGCAUGGGGUGUAGCUCUGGUGUGAUAUCAAUCGAUUUAGCUGCUAACUUACUAAAGAAGAGCAAAGAGAUUGGAUACGCCCUGGUGGUUAUAAACGAGAGUAUUAGUUUGAAUUGGUAUUUUGGUGAUAGUCGUCCCAUGCUUGUAACCAACUGCAUUUUUCGGGUUGGUUCUGCUGCGGCGUUGAUUACCAACGAUCCAAGUUGUCGCCGAGUCGCGAAGAUGGAACUCGUUCAAUCUCUUCGAACUCACCACGGAGCAAGCGACCGAGCAUAUAAAGCUGCAUUUCAAGAGGAAGAUGACAAGGGCAACCUCGGUUUUGCUCUGACCAAAGAUUUGAUUCCAGUUGCAGGGGCCUAUUUACGUGAGCACAUCAAGAUUCUGGCUCCCCGAGUUCUACCACUGAAUCAACUUGCUAUGUACGCCUACUCGGUCAUUUGUUCUGCAGCAACAUCGGGGAAGAACAGCAAGUUCAAACCAAUAUUCGUUCCGGAUUUCACCACUGCUUUUGACCAUUUUUGUAUCCAUACCGGUGGGAAAGCGGUGAUCGAGCAGGUGGGGAGGGUUCUGCGACUGAGUGACGUGUUGACUGAACCGGCUCGGAUGAGUUUGCACCGAUUUGGGAACACUUCCAGUAGUCUAGUGUUCUAUGAGUUGGCUUAUUUUGAAGCCAAACGGAGAAUUAAAAAAGGAGAUAGGGUGUGGAUGUUGGCGUUUGGGACUGGUUUUAAGGUUGGGAGUCUUGUUUGGAAGUCACUUUCGGAUUUAGGUCAACAGAGUGACAAUCCAUGGGAUGAUUGCAUUCAUAACUACCCAUUAAAGUAA